AAUUAAAACUAUUUGUUCAUUAAACAAAAUUAAUAUGGCACCAGAUUCUCGUUCAUUUACUUCAGGUGAAUAUGUCUAUAGGUGUCCUAGUCUAGUAACAUAACCUCAAAAUUAUCUAUAGAUCUACUAUACACAUAAAUUUCAUGUAAGACGUACUUGCUUAUAUAAUAUUACAUGGACAUAAAAACCUUUCAAGGAUAUAUAUAAAAAACGAGUUUCUUAUUAGCGUCAAUAUGUCACCAGACUGUUGCGGCGUUUCAGGUGUACAAGAGACUCCAAGAAAUGCCUUAGAAAAGAAAUUUGAUCUACUAUUUGACAAAGACCCAAAAGAAUGGAUAGCAUUCAAGCCAGCCCUAGGCCUGCACGUGUACCCCUGCUACUCGUGCCGUCAUAUGUUCUACACCAAAAAAUCCUUUCAGGACCAUGUUAAUCGUAGAACCAUUCUACUGCAAUACAAGUGCCCCAAGUGUAAACUCGAUGAACCAAUGCUAUUCUAUAACAGAUGUUCCAUUUUGCUGCACUGCAGAAAACAUUUCACUUUAAAAGAGGGCCAAAUUGAUUUUUCUCAUCUGGAGAUUAAGUUUUUGCCAUUCGGACUGGCUGGUUUUGUCCGACAUCCGGAUGUGCCCUACUUGUUUGAUGUCGUAGAGGAAUUAAUUACAGGAGAUCUGUUUAUGAACUCCCAAUUCUACACCCCUAAACUAGAGGAUAGAGGUAAAGAAGUGAUAACUCUCACCCCCAGCCACUUGGUAAUUAAUAGAACCGAUGAAAAUGGGGAAAGUCAGGGUUUGGCCCUGAAGCAAAUUGCCAAAAACAUUCCUAAAUGUUUGUUUAUCACCAUUGACUCCCUAAGGCAUCUCAGGUUCCAGAUUGAAACGCCUGAGGUCGAAAUUAAGAGUGAAUCUGAGGAAACCUCAUCGUCUUAUAGCGAUCAGAUUGUUUUUUCUGAUGAGGCAGCUGUUCUGUCAGAAAAAUCACAGGAAGAAGUUACCCCAUUAAGUAGUUUAUUGAGUAAUGUACACGAGCAAACUGAUGCAUUGCCUGUUAUAUCAAAAGUUGAGACUGUUGAUGAGGAGUUUUUAAACCGGUUACCACCUGUACAGCCUGGGAAUCAACCUGACAAGGUUCUACCUACAAGUAUAUCAAAGAAAUGCACUGAAUGCCAGUUGGAAUUUGCAGAUCUCUUACAACAUUUUAUGGGACCGAACAGGCCCACCUCGGAAAACUUGCGAUGUGCUUGCUGCAAGCUUGUGUGUCCCACAGUCUGUUCAUAUGAGGCUCACUUAAGGAUUCACGAUAAGGAAUCCCCUUUUGUAUGUCCAGAUUGCGGAGUUAGUUUUACGGAAAGGGACGAACUUAAGGAACACAUGGAUACUGUAUGUUUUCAUGAGUUGAAGUCUGUACGAUAUAGAUGUCCUGGUCGUCGUUGCGGUCGAAUAUUCGCAUCGGACGCCACUUUCCGUCCGCACUUCAGAGAUUCACACAUAGAACGGUUGUUCGCGUGCAGCUACUGCAUGGACCCGUUCAAUUCAUUGGAGUCUUGCAAAGAGCAUCUUAUAAUCCAUAAAAACGACACUACGGAAUUGUUGGGUGUUCUUGAGAUCUUCCGAUGCUCGGUUUGCAAUGGAGAAAAUAUGAACCAGCAUCAGUUGCUUAAACACCUUGAUGGGCACUGCAAUGAUCUCUCUCGUUGCAUUUACAUUUAUAUGUGCAAGUUUUGCAAGUGUUACUUUAGAUCGGUCCAAACAAUAACCACCCACCUGAAAAACUGCAAGCAGAAAAAGGCCGCCGGUGAUUCCCAAGGCAGACAGCGCACCAGCAACAAUUUCCUACUGUCCAAGUACCAUUCGACCAAAUGUUUGAGCUGCAAAGCGAAAAUGAUCACGUUGAAAUCCCGUUCGGUCAGUUAUUGUAGCGUCUGUCAGCCGAAAAAUGUAAAAUGCAAAGUGUCGUCGCAACCGAUUCAGCCCACCCCGCCGGACAGAUGCGUGUGCAUCUUGUGUAAGGCGCAUCUCAAGUUUGUCGACCGUAGGAAACAUCAACACUCCUGUAGGUAUUCCAGGCCUCAAGUGGUACUCGAGAGGCUCAGCCUCGAUACACUCAAGAAAGAAACUGUUGUCCGUGAAUAUUUCAAGUUGGAAAAUAAAACCGAAUUUAAUAGCCAGGAACUAUUUCAUUUGCAAAAGCCCCUAGUAUUAAUUAUAGAAACUGGAAACGCGGAUGGUACCGUUAGCAUGAAACCCGAGCAAACCUAUGCAUGCCUCCCUGAUAUCGGAAAGAUGAAAAUUCCAGAAGAUCAGAGAAGCACCUCCAGCAGCGAACUGGAUUCGCCACAAAAACGACCAAAGAGUACCUCCAGCGAGGAAAGUCGCACCUGCAAAAAAACACACAGCGACUCGAGCGACGACGUACGUCCUAGAAAACGUCCCAGAUCAUCGGGAAAAUCAAAAAAAUCGGACCUGGAAGAAGACCUAACUGCCGACCAACCGAUUUCCUUUGACGGCACGUACAUUUGCCGUAUUUGCGAGCAAAAGGAGACCGAUAGAGGGAAGUUUCAUCAACAUAUCAAGACUCACAGGCAAGUAUCCACGGCGUAUCAAUGUAUGGAAUGCGGAGAGUGUUUCGUGGUACGACCGUCUUUGGUUAAACAUUUGUUACACUAUCACAACAUUUCGGAUUUCGAUUGUUAUUUCGACCAAAAUAACUGUUUCGAUCAGAGUGCGGUCAAUGAGCUGGCCAAAGUCAUGAAAGCCCCGUUUUUGGCCAAUGACGUGAAAGAGAACCAGUGCAAGGUUUGUAUGGAACAGUUCGAGGAUAAGGAGAGUUUGGAUCGGCACUUUCGGGUGCACGGGAUGGCGUUUUUAAUCACAAAAUCUUUGUAAUUUAGAGUACUAAGACUUGUUUUGGAAUAUUUUAGGUUUAGUGUAUUUUGUUGAUUAGUGAUGCUGUUGUACGUUAGGUUAUUGCAAUAUUUUCUUUUAGUUGUUUAUAUAUAAACGGUAUUUAUAAGGAAA